AUGGCGCAUGGCUUCCUUUGGAGCAAGUGCUGUCCUCAACGAACAAGGACGGCUUUAAAAUGGACCAUACCUUGGGGUUGCCAAGGCUGCGGUCCUUGUAGGGUAGACUGCUGCGGUUGCAAGAAAGGAUGCUGCCCAGAUCGCCGAAAACGUGAUCUACCAAUGUCUCCUGAUGACGUUUUUCGUGUGAUGGAUCAAAAUCAAAACGGUGCUCUCGACCUCGAUGAAUAUGCUCGAUAUUUAACUGCUCCUAUGAAUCAAUACUACAAAGAGAUUCACUUUAAUGCAACCGAUCUUGAUCACGAUGGACUCAUCGAGAAGACUGAAUUCAUCAACGAAUGGGAUCAAUACUGA